UUCGCCGACAUAACCAGAUUUAUAAACAUUUUUUUUUCUGGAAGAUGUUACGGUAUUGAAGCACUUGGCAUAAAUUUUAAAUUUAGACUGUGAAAGAAUUAUCGCAAAAUUUGCGAUACUGGAGAUUUUUUUUUUCGAAACAAAUUACACUUUGCCAUUUCGUUGCUAUUGAAACAAAGAAUCAGAUGAUGAUAAAAUACGCACUUAGUGACGACGUUACCACUAUUAAUUUGACGUCAGUUACUUCUUGGAUGUGUCUUUUUGUACGACAAAAUUAAAGCGCAACAUCUAAGAAAGAGGAAGUGCUGGACAAAAAACUGCUUUAAAUUUAGCAAAAUAAAUGCUCAAUGAGAAAUCUCACAGAAAAGAAAAAUCCUUACUAAUUAAAGUUCUCUGCAGAUCGAUGAAAUGCAAUAAACGCUGAAAGGGGUAAAAUGAAAUGCAAGGCACUCAUUAACCCAGUUUCUGUUUGUUUUUCACACGAAUCACUCCACUAUUUAAAGUCACAAAUGCUAUCGAUUUUCCUUUUAGACACACAAAAUCAGUGUUUUUUUUAAAGUAAUAUAACGGCAGAAAUUUAAAAUUGACAAGAAAUUGAACGAAACUUCGUCAUAUGACAAUGUCAAAAUUCAAGUAGGAGGAGGUAGGGCUUAAAACAGGAGAUACAUUGAAAACUCUCACAUCAUUAAUUUUCACAUCAAUUUUUUCUAUUUGCUAUUUUGCAAUAAAAAUGAAUUUUAUUGAGAUUUUCACUAAUUUAGUGAUAUGAACUAGGCCCACGAAAACAUGUUUAAAUAUGUUAAAAUAGCAUUAAUGUGGUUGUUGAAAUUUAUUUGAAUUCAGCUAAUUAACAUGUUAAAAUUGCUCAUUAAUUUCUAUUUUAUCGUAGUUGAACAAGUAGUCUUUUGCACCAAAAUGUUUCUACUACAUUUUUUUAAUUUAUUAAUUGGGCUUUUUUCUCCUAUUUUUAAAAGGAAUUAAGGCUUAUCAUAAAGUAAUUUAGCUUCGCAAUUGGGUUUUUGCAGCUCGAUUGUAUUAUGAUAGGAUCGAGAUUAAUUUAAAAAUAAGAGACGAAGCCCAAUUUGAAAGCUGUUUCAAUUCAAAGGUGUCCCACUGCCCAUUACAGUGAUUUAGUGAUAAACUUGUAAAAAGUGAAACUUCGGGAGUAGUUCGUUAAGUUCCUUCAAAGGCGUUUUUAAAGAUUUUAUACAAGGUUUCUUUGCCUACAGCUCUUUCUGUUGGCUUUGGGGAUCAUUUUGCACGGCAUUUUAAAUAAAAUUACUCAUUUUUCCAGAGUUAUUUGCAAUCAAAAAUCUCACGCGCUAAGUUAAUAAAUAUUGAGCAAAUUUCUUGCAGAAUUUGUCCUGUAGGGGAAUUCUGCAACGAUAUGACAAAUUAUGGUGGUAAAUUUCGGAACAGGAUAACAUUAAAGACCAGUGAGCAUGAGUAUCAAAUCGAUGUUCCAAGAAGCUCUAUGAACCUCUCAGUAAUUGAUAUGAGUCGUAUUUUCAGUUUUCUCGAAUUUACCACAUAAAAAUUCGAAAUUUGAUAUAUGGCAUUGCCAUACGGUUACAGAAUUCCCCUACUUCGAACAUUUCAUAUUUUUCCUGUGGUCCUUUAACGAAUCUAAUGUGAUAGAAACAAUCGUAAUAAUAACGUGAUAGAAAGAGUAAUAUUUUCAAAAACAUAAAAGUUGAAUUCAAAUUUGACAAAAAAAAUUGACGCAUCUCAACGAUCUUAACGAAGAAAUGUGAAACGUGAGAUUUGAAUUCUUGACACAACUUUUUAAAUAAUAUAGAAAAUCCUAGAAAAAUCGGUAUUCGAGAUUUAAGAAAGCAAAUUUAUUCGAAAACCUAAGCGGCCGAAUUUAUAUUUGACUUUUGACAAGACAUUUAACGAAACUAAACUGAAGAUGAAAAAGAUGUAACCUAAGCUGAUAAAUUCGGAAAAGAUUAAUACCAUACUAAGCAGAUCGCGCACCAACUUGCUUUAAAUGGUUAAAUUUCAAUUUGAAAAGAAAUUAAACGAAACUGAAUGAAGAGCGAAACUUAAAGACGAAAUCGUACAGUUUCUUAGAAAAAAAAACACAUUAAUUUCUGAAUAAUCAAAAAAAAAAACAUAUAUUCAUAUAGGCAAACAGAUAUUAUUAAAACUUUAUCAGAUGAUUAUAAAUUAACUAAAUAAUUUAACGAAACCCAAAAAAGCAUAAAUAACGAAACAUCAAUAUUAUUAUACGACAUUAUAAAAAAUACAAGAUAAAAUUUUGAAAAACUAUUAAGGAAGAAUUUUACUAUUUUACUAUUAAGUAUGUUCGCCGCGAUAGCAGAACUAAUAUUAUUUUCACAUAAUUAUACUUGCUGCAAUAAAUUACAUGAUUAUACAUUAUGCCAAAUUCCACUUUUUUUUUUAAAUUCAAGACACUUAACGAAGAACAAAAUGAUCAAGUUGAAUAUACAAUUUUUCCAAAAAUACCAUGGAAUAUUUUGAAUUAAUUUGAACACGUUAAUUCAUCAUAAUACAUCAAUUUUCAUCAGGCGCUUUUUUGUUAAAUUACAGUUUGACAGUGAAUAAAAUGAAACUCAACGAAACACGAAAUGUUAAAAUGAAACCAUCUUAAGUGUGUCCAGAAAUAACACAAAAAAAAAGAAACAAUCACCGGCAAAUCUGUGCAAUUUAAAACAUCACAAACACAUCCGUUGAGCACAAAUUUGGCUCAUACCAAUUGUAUUCCAGCAAAAUAUAUAAAUUCUGAGGGAAGGAGAUAUAAAAAAAAAUUUGUCGCAAUGAAAAUACUUAUGAGAGCAGACACUCAUGUGUCUUUUGCACUUCCGGCUGAGGAGCCAAAGGCCAAGUGCACAACAUCUCAGAUCCUUGCUGCCCUUUCAGUCUCAAUGGGAUCAAUGGUGGUGGGCUUUGCAUCUGCAUACACUUCACCAGCAUUGGUAUCUAUGCUUGACCGGAAUCAAACAUCCUUCGACAUGGACAUCAAUCAGGCUUCCUGGGUUGGCGGAAUAAUGCCUCUGGCUGGUCUAGCAGGUGGAAUAUCAGGAGGACCCCUGAUUGAGUACUUAGGAAGAAAGAACACAAUCCUAGGAACAGCCAUACCCUUUAUCGUCUCCUGGCUCCUAAUCGCUUGUGCAUCGAAUGUCUGGAUGGUGCUUGCUGGACGAGCCCUUUCUGGUUUUUGCGUUGGUAUAGCCUCACUCUCGCUCCCUGUCUACCUCGGAGAGACUGUUCAACCUGAAGUACGUGGUACACUAGGUCUACUACCCACAGCUUUCGGUAACAUCGGUAUCCUACUGUGCUUCAUAACGGGCAAAUACUUAGACUGGUCGAGUUUAGCCUUUCUCGGCGGAGCCCUACCUAUACCCUUCCUGAUUCUUAUGUUCCUAAUUCCCGAAACACCGAGAUGGUAUGUUUCCCGCAAUCGGGAAGAUCAGGCAAGAAAAGCCCUUCAAUGGCUGAGAGGCAAGGAAGCGGAUGUUGAUCCUGAACUUAAGGGUAUCAUGAAAUCUCACAAUGAAGCCGAACGAUCAGCAUCCCGCAAUGCCAUUCGGGAUCUCCUCAAGAGGAGCAAUCUCAAACCACUGCUCAUUUCAUUGGGACUUAUGUUCUUCCAACAAUUGAGCGGUAUCAACGCUGUGAUCUUCUAUACUGUGACCAUCUUCAAAGAUGCCGGAUCGACAAUUGAUGAAAACCUCUGCACCAUUAUCGUGGGUGUCGUUAACUUUGGAGCCGUCUUUGUUGCAACAAUCCUAAUCGAUAGACUUGGUCGCAAAGUCCUACUCUACAUUUCUGACAUUGCCAUGAUCAUUACGCUUAUGACGCUCGGUACUUUCUUCUAUCUGAAGAAUACUGGUGCUGACGUCAGCAAUGUAGGAUGGCUCCCAUUGGCCAGUUUUGUGGUAUUUGUCGUAGGCUUCAGUCUUGGAUUUGGACCUAUUCCAUGGCUUAUGAUGGGAGAAAUUUUGCCAGGAAAAAUUCGAGGUUCUGCAGCAUCAGUUGCUACCGCUUUCAACUGGCUCUGCACAUUUAUCGUUACCAAAGCAUUCGUCGAUCUUGUUGAAUCAAUUGGUCAACACGGUGCCUUUUGGAUGUUUGGAGGAAUUUGCUUUGUUGGCAUCUUCUUCAUUAUCUUCUACGUGCCUGAAACACAAGGAAAAUCCCUGGAGGACAUUGAGCGCAAAAUGAUGGGACGUGUCAGACGUAUGAGUUCAGUGGCCAAUAUGAAGCCCUUGUCAUUCAACAUGUAGAAAAAAUUAAGAUGGAAAAAAUCUUCAUAGAAAGGUGUUUCAACAGUGCUAAAAGGAAGUGUUGUCGUCAGUUCCGAACUUGAAGAGGGGACUGAAGAAUUUAUGCAAUUAUUGUUUUUCUUUUCUUAACAAUCAAGAUUAUCGUACCUCGAUGAGAAACAAAUUGCCUUACUAAUUGAUAAUUGAGAAAAUUGUGGAAAUUAGAGAAACAAAAAGAAAACUUAAUAUAUUUUUUGAGAAAAAUUUAUAUCUAUUGAUAUUUUUUAGGAAUUUUAUCUUCAAAUUAGUAAAUCUAAUACAUUUUUUUUUACAAUUUGUGAUGAAACAUUUUAUGGGAAACUCUGGUGAAAUUUGAUACCAAAAUUAUUAUGAUUGAGAUAUUUUAGAAAAAAAAAUCUAGAUACAAUUUGUAAAAAGACAUUUUUUUUUAUAAAUAAUUGUGAAAAUGAAAAAAAAAAACAUAUUUUUUGUACUUAUCGACGUACAAUGCGGAGAAAAUUAAAACAAGAAUUAUUUUUGUACGCAUGAGACAUGAAAGAGAAAAAUGAACGAAUAAUUGGGAAUGAAUCUCUCUAGGCAUUAUAGGAAAUUUUUAAUUGGUUAGACAAAAAAUCAUAAAAAAAACAAAACCUAUAUAAGUUCCUCUUUUUUCUUAUUACAUUAAUAAGUGACUUAGAUAUUAAUCCAUGACAAGAAUAUGUAAAAUAUAAAAGAAAAUUCUAGUUUCAACCCGGAAUAAAAGACUUUAGUGUAUCUGUUUUUAGAGUAUACGUAUUUUUUUUUAAAAAAGAAACAAUCAUUCUUUACUUAUGAGUUGAAACAUACGAGAGAAGAGAAAAACAAAUAAUAUUUAUUAGUUAGGAAAAAUUAAGUGUUAAAAGUGAAAACGUGAACAUUUUUAUGCAGAACAAAGUGCCAGAGAGAAAUCCAAAAUUAAUUUAUGCCAAACAAUUGUAAUGCUAGAUAUAGAACAAAUAUAUGACCCUUUUUAAGUGUAAAAAAAAACUUGUGGUAAUAUUAUAUAGUGAGAAAAUUUGUAUAUAAUCUAGAAAAUAUUUAAAUUAUAAAUCUACUUAUGCAUAUUCAUUACGAAAACUACACAUUAUAUUCUGUAAUAUUGUAAUAAAUGUACAGAAAGAAAUAAUACAUUUUAUUAAAGACCAA